UCCGGCGGGGCCGGGGCCGGGGCCGGGGCUGGAGCCCGCAGAGCGCUGCCCGCCCGGCCAUGGCGUUCGCGAGGGCUCCGCGGGACCCGUUCGGCACGGCCGUGGGCAGCCUGGUCGAGCGGGCCACGCUCGGGUCGCUGCAGACGGAGGAGUGGGGACAGUUCCUGCACAUCUGCGAUGUGAUCAACGCCACGGAGGAGGGGCCUAAAGAUGCAGUUAAAGCACUGAAGAAGAAGCUUUCAAAAAACUGUAACCACAAGGAGAUCAGACUUACCCUGUCUCUGCUUGAGAUGUGUAUGGAGAACUGUGGCCCAAGAUUCCAGUCUUUAGUUGUGAAGAAGGAUUUCUGCAAAGACAAGCUGGUGAAACUGCUGAACCCGAGAUUCAACCUUCCCCUUGACAUGCAGGAGAAAAUCCUGACAUUUAUCAUGGUUUGGGCACGAGGUUUUCAAGGGAUGGUGGAUGUGAGUGAAGUAAAAGAAGUUUAUCUAGAAUUGCUGAAGAAAGGAGUGGAGUUUCCAUCCUCUGACACCAGCAGUGGUGGAUCUAAGAUUUCACUCUGUGCAAAGUCAUCCCCAUCCUCUGCCAGUCCUGCCAAACGUUCCUUCCUGCCUCUUCCCACGGGCCCAACAUUGCUGCUGACCCCGGAGCAGAUUGGGAAACUAUACAGUGAGCUGGAUAUGGCAAAAAUGAACGUGAGAGUCAUGUCCUCAAUAUUGAAGGAUAAUGUUCCUGGCUCUGAAAAUCCGGAUGACAUGAAUCUUUUACAGAAAUUGUACAAGACCUGUCGGAUGAUGCAGGAGAGGAUCAUGGAGUUGUUGGUGACAGUGGAGAAUGAAGAUGUGAUUGUUGAGCUAAUACAAGUAAAUGAGGAUCUGAAUAAUGUCCUCCUGGGACAUGAAAGGUUCUCUCGGAACAGAGUUCGUUUCCUGGAGAACCAGAGGAUACAGCGUGAGCAGGAGGAGCUGUACAGGAAACAGCCAUCUGCUCCCUCAAGUGAUCUCCUUGGCCUCUCCAUAGAUUCUCCAUCUUCUGCAUCUGCAGUGGUGCAAAGUCACCCUGCAGUGUCUCCUUCAGGAAAUGGCCUAUCUGCACACCCUGAAGAUAAAACAAGGCCUCAUCCAUCAAUUUACCCACAGCUGGAUUCAGCAGCUCCUACGAAAGCUCAUCAAUCCCCAUUUGCAGCUGAAUCACAAAACAAUAGUUUAAGCAGCCCAGCUGGACACACAUACAGCAAUGUGAACAUGUACAGCAAUCUGGCGACUCUUUUAAGCCCAGUGCCUCUGAACCCAAUAAAUCUGCAGGCUGGACAGACUGUACCUUCAAAUGGACCAUCCCCAGCAGCUACAUCAAAGAACAAGUCACAGUCACCUCAUUACUAUGAUAUUAUGGAAUUCGAUCCCUUGGCUCCCAAUGAAGUUAUUUAUGAAGAAAUUGAUGCUGUGCUGAAGACAGAAGUUAAAAAGAACACAGACUGAAGGUGGAGGUGGAAUCCUUUCUUGAACACUCUCUGGUGCUGGUCCUGUGCAGUGCUUCCUGUAACUACAAGUGAAUAACUGAAGAGGUUUUGCAUUUUGACACAGUAAUUAGUGUUGGAGUACUAAGCUGUGUGCAAGUGGAAGAGUUACUUGGCUUCACACCUUGGCAAUUUGUCCUAAAUGUUCAGCUGUGUGUUCUUCAAGGUCACUUGCAUGGUUAUUUUAAUUUUGGGGGCCUGUAAAAUGUGACUUCCAAAUUCACCCGUGUAUGAAGUAACACCUGACAUCUGGCACAAGUAAAAAAAAAAAA